AUGUUGUGCGGCACGUUCAAGAAGAAGAGGAGGCAUUCUGGGGACGAGUAUCGACUGGUCAGAUCGAACACGAUGCCCAGGAUCCUGUCAAUGAAGGAGGGCAGCCUGGUCACGGUCCGGAGAACAAAGUCCUCGAGGGUGGCGGCUCGAUCCUCGCAUCUCAGGGAUCUUCUGCACAUGGGUCUGGACAAUGUGAGCUCAGCGACCCUCAGGCCUUUCAACUCGGACAUCAACACGCCGAGGAUCGACAGCUAUAGGUUCUCGAUGGCAAAUCUGGAAGAUUCUCAGGAUGUCGAUCUGGAUGCCAUCCUCGGCGAGCUGUGCGCGCUGGAGCGCCGCUGCGAUGGCGACAUCGCCACUACACCUGCGCCCGACUCCCAGAGACCGGGUCGACCUAACAGCACCAGAAUCACAGCUGGCGACAAUACCGAUAUCGGCAAAAACGAAGGAGCUAUGCGCACCGAUAGUCCUGACAAUGACAGCGCGUUCUCGGACACGGUGUCGAUGUUGUCCAGCGAGAGUUCCGCGAGCAGCAGCGGUUCCGGGCACAAACCACCUCAGACCGCCAUGCACACAGGUCCCCAGCAGCAAUCUCACCAACUCAUGGACGCUGCGAGCCGAGUCAAGGCAGAGAAGAUCCGCUUGGCGCUGGAGAAGAUGCGCGAGGCCAGCGUUCAGAAGCUCUUCAUCAAAGCGUUCACCUUGGACGGCAGUGGCAAAAGCUUGCUCGUAGACGAAGGAAUGAACGUGGCACACGUGUGCAGGCUUCUCGCCGACAAGAAUCACGUGCCAAUGGAUCCAAAGUGGACGGUGGUCGAGCAUUUGCCUGAUCUUUUCAUGGAGAGGGUAUACGAAGAUCACGAGUUGCUGGUAGAAAAUCUUUUACUGUGGACCAGAGACUCGAAAAAUAAGCUGCUUUUCGUCGAGAGGCCGGAGAAAACUCAACUGUUUCUCACCCCGGAGAGAUUCCUCUUGGGUCCGUCUGAUAGGAGUAGCAGCGAAUACGACGAUCACUCGCGUAACAUUCUUCUGGAAGAAUUCUUUUCCAGCAGUAACGUUGGCGUGCCGGAGGUCGAAGGACCAUUGUAUCUGAAAUCCGACAGCAAGAAGGGCUGGAAGAGGUACCACUUCAUUCUAAGAGCAUCUGGCCUCUACUACUGGCCGAAGGAAAAAGCACGUACAGCUCGCGACCUGGUUUGCUUGGCCACUUUUGACGUGAACCAAAUCUACUAUGGUAUUGGUUGGAAGAAGAAGUACAAAGCUCCAACGGAUUUCUGUUUUGCCGUGAAACAUCCUAGAUUGCAGCAGCCAAAAUCGACCAAGUACAUUAAAUUCCUCUGCGCGGAGGAUAACGCGUCCUUAGAACGUUGGAUGGUUGGUAUCAGGGUUGCCAAGUAUGGACGACAGCUGAUGGAGAACUACAGGACACUAGUUGAUGAACUAGCUCAGGAGGAUCUCGACAUGCUGGCCCACGCAAGAUCCUGCUCCGUUAGCUCGAUAGCUGUACCAGCUCAGAAUCAAACCCAAUACAAUACGACCAACGAUAACGCUCGUCAGUUCACGGAAAACUCGAGGCAUAGCGCGGAUGUGGCCAAUGUUAGACAGUACGAUGGUCAAAGACAAAGUUACAAUUCCGAGCAACGACAGAGUUACAAUAACGACGGUAGGCUGAGCAGAGCUAGUAGCUCAAGUUCCAGUGGAUGUUUGUCCGAUGGAGCACCGAGUAGUUGCGAGGUAGCCUUCGAGUGCGGUGAGUUUCCAACGGGUACGAUAAAGCGGAAGCCCUCGAUGAAUCCGAAGUUGCCGCUAACAUCGAUCACGAGACAAUUGAAGGAAGUAGGUGAGACAGUCCGCGACGAGCCAGAUUCUUGUCCAAGUCCAACUAGCUCGGGUUCUGGAACGUUGACAAGAAGGCACAGUCGAAGAAGGAGCGGUACUGAUUCCGAUGGAUCUGGAACAUUGAAGAGACACCAUCGUUCUGGCAACGCGACUCCGGUUAGUCCUGUACCGCCUGGCACACCGGUUAGAGAAAGAGCAAGUCCAAUGGGAUACAAUAGAUCAGAGACCCAGGAAUCGAAGACUCCUACUAGUCCAAUACCUUCGUGUAUGAUGGACUCGAUUACUUCAUUGCCACCGCCACCAUCACCAUCAAGAGUCACAGAGGAAACAGAAUCAGAUAACGAACCACUUCCUCCACCCCCGCCAGAGAUGUUCCGAUCAAAUCUUUCUCUGGAUUCUCUGCCACCGCCCCCGGCACCUGGUGAACUGCCAGUAUGCAAUACUCCCGAGCUCACCGGGUCUUCGUUAAGUUUGGCGUCUCUUCCGCCACCUCCAAGUCCUCUAGUUGGUGAAACAGGAACUAUUCGCCGUGCUAGGCCAAAGCAGUCUACGCCUACAAAUUCAGUGACUCCGGAGAGUACGCCAACACAUGCGCCAUCCAGACCAUCUGCUAAUCAGCAGAUGUAUUCGAACCCUAGCAACCCGACGAUGCAGAAUAGCCAGAGCUACAACUCAAAUGCGCAGAACGCUAUUCACGCGAACAAUGCAACUAAUUCGGUGCCCUCUCCGCACAGUUCCUAUCCAGGGUCCAGCGCCAGCACGCCAACGUACGCUCCAAGUUCGCCAAACUUUGCCUCGCCACCGCCAUUUGUUCCUCCCCCAGCUUAUGGGUCGCAGCAGCAACACAGUAACAGUUCCAGCUUGACGAGACAAAACUCAAAGGCGGAAUCGAUGUACGGAAGUCACCAGACGGUUCACCAGCACAAUACCGUUCAGCCAAUCAGGCCAAACCCAAACAUGGACACCGUGCGACGAAGUGCCAUGAAGCAAGGCUCGGGUCACUAUGCGGCUCCACCUUAUCUAGCAGAGCUAAAGGCUGCCUCCAGUCCCCAGCCUCAGCGUAGAGUGACCAUUCAGGAGCCACCGACGUCGCCCAAGUCUAAGACGGGUACUGGCAAGAAGAUCACGUUCAAUCUUCCGCCGCAACAGGAGCCAGGCAGUCCAGCUUUGCCACAGAGAAAGCCGAUGCCACCGAGGAGGUCGGACAGCACGAGGCUCACAUCGCCUAAGAAACUUGCUGCGUCUGAUCAGGCGCCCCCGGGUGAUUUUUUGAAGGAUCUUCAAAGAGUAAUGAGGAAAAAAUGGCAGGUAGCGCAAAAAUGCAAGUUAGAUUCGACCACAACUCCACACGAAGUUCUCGGUUUCCGCGAUCCACCGCCUGCCGUGGCAGAUUACAGAGAAACCAACGUGUCGAAUUGGGUUCAGGAACAUUACGGAGCAGAUAACCUGUACGAGAACGUCUACGCGACCGAUCCACACGCUCCGGUGGAGUACGCAUCCAGUCCAGCUCGGCAAUCCACUGUCAGAUUCGCCGACGAGAAUCGCAGCAUUAACAUCGUGAACGCGAUCGCGAGUAAAAGAAGGCCACCUCCGCCACCGCCGAAAAGGGCAGAGACCACUCAUUUGACCACUACCAGAGCGAUGCACUGACAAUAGCAGAUACUUCAGCCCCACCCCGAAAGGCGAUGGCUUUGCUGUCUGUGCAGCUGGUGGAAAGGCUAAGAGAGGGCGAGAGUAAUUCGCUUUGUUCUCUGUGAUUCGGUCACCGUUUCGAGGUCCUAAUAUCAAGUCUAUACGCUGAUCGUCCUCUGCGUUUAUCGUACACCUCCGUUACAAUACGCGACGAAAAGAAAAGCGGGAAGAUGGCCGAUUAUCCUCGGAGAGAAGCUCGGCUUUGUGUUGUUCGCGUACAUCGCGAAAGUUUUGCAUGGGAUCGGCCUGCCUGGAAAUCCUUGGUAUAUCUGUCCGGAAAUUAAAACAGCCGUUCUGGGAUAAUCGAUGUACAUUUUAGGGUCUCGAGGACGAAUGUCUGAUCGAUAUUGCCAAUCGGAAACUGAUCACGACGAACGAGCGUCGAGUCAGAGGCUCGACCUCGGCCGGUCGAAUAUAUAGGAGAAUUUUUUUUAGCAAACGAGUUUGGUAUACUGCGAUACGGAGCUGCAGGUUAAUUAUCAACGAGUUCGAUGUCAAACAUCAAUCUGAGCGCCGAGUUCUCGACGGCCGAUCAAGUUUAGGGCGUAAGGAAAACAAAUACUGCCGCACAUAUUGAGGAUGUGAUAUAAUAAGUCUUAAGCUGCUACAUUCGUUGUCCCUCUGAGAGCCGAGGCGAUUAAUGAUUCGCGUGCGAUUUCGAUCUCGAGCUCUGUCGAGAGCCGGACGCCACGAGCGCGGUCCUCUCGGUUCGCGGCAAUCGAAUUUAAGGGAAGAAAGGAGAAAAAAAAGAAAAAAAAGAAAUGGAGAAGAACGCACGAGAAUCGCGAUCGCAUUUCUGUGUGCAAGUUAAUAAUCCAGAGUUAACUAGGCUUAGCUAAGUAUCUCUGAUGUCCGCUGACACGCGUUAAGUAAGAUGAAAGGACGGUUGUUUAUUGCGUUAUUCCAAAGGAACAAUUAUAUCGUGACACGAGUAACACGAUAGAGAAACAAGAUGGAAGUUUUGUUACGAAGAGAACUAUACUUCUUGGACACACGGAAUGGAAAACGAGAACAGGAGGAUCUGGAGAGACACCGUUCACAGAACACACAUGAUCACACGUAUUGCGUUUUCUUUUCUUUUCUUUUAAAGCCUCGUACAUAGGUGUGUAUGUAUAUAAAUGAAACACGUAUGAGCGUUUAUAUCAAUAUAUCGACUUUUUGAUGCUGUAUGUUUAGAUGAUAUCGUACGAUAUUGAAAUAUCCUCUGCGACGUGUACACGAUAACGCAUAAUCUACUCGAUAAACCACGAUCGUGAACGUCGCGCGCGACGCUAUUUGCUCUUCGUCGACGAGGCUAUACACACAUCCACGCAUACACGUACAGAUACUCAGAAUUUCUACGACCAACGCGAUCGUUAUGCUAACUCUAACGUUUCAACGCUACAACGCUACAACUUGAGAUCUCGUUCAUGCCAUUUUCAUCUCUUCUUUCCGUUCCCGUUUCGCUGCUUCAAUUCCCGAUUAGAUUAUCCACGAAAUCGAAACGUGACUUGUUCAACGGGUUUAUACUUCAGAGCCGCUGAAUAAUUUCUUCGUCGUCUUCGGAUCGACGAGUGAACAUAAGCAAUCGUGGAGCUUGAAAUUGAUUUGUACCGAGGGCGAACACUCCGUCGAUGUUUUCUUACCGACCGUACACGUUCAUCCAUAUCACAAUAACCGAAGUAAGACGAAGAAUCCAUAUUAUGGUCGAUGCAACGUGAUUUGGUGCACAAUCGACUAGAACAGUUUUUAAUACACAUGUAAAAGCGACUUAUAGAUUCCAUAAUCGGUUUGUACCAAAUCGGAUACUCUUACAUUAUUAAUUACAUACCAACUACAUAGUAUAAUACCGACUUGCGUCAUUCGAACGUUUCCAACACCACAGCUCGGUGCGUUAUUCUCACAAGUCCAUGGCUCAUCUGUGAAACAAUCAUUAGGUCAACUUACUAUCAACUGUCUAUCAACUUCAAGUCAAAUCCUCAGCGAAAGAAGUCGAUCAAGGACUGUCUCAUAGAGCAUCUGUCGACUGUUCUAUUAUCUCAUCAUUCAUCCGUUCCUGUUUCAAUCUUUCUAAUCAAUGAAUCGUCAGGGCAACGUAACAUAUGCUCUACUAUAUCGUUUUAUACAACCAUAUCGAUUAAGAGUAAAAACGAGGAACGGCAUUCUGCCAUUCGUACUCGCGUGAUCGCCGAUGAAACUUUCAGCAACGACUGAAGAGGGUCUCUCAUUGGCCAGCACGAGUCAUCUAUCUUUUUUAUAUCGAACCACCAUCAGGACCGUUGCCAUCGAAUUUCGCCUGUCUUCGCGCGUCAGCGUUUAUCCUUUCUCGAUAUAUCGAUGGGAACACGAUCCUGCGUGCUUGUCGGACUAUUCUGGGUCGCGUUUUGAAAGAGAAGACUAAAUAAAGAAGGGGGAAAUAAAAAUAGAAGAGGAGGAAGAAUGGAAGCGGUGAAGAGGAGUCUCGUCGAGUCGCGCAAGCUUUUUACGACGUUUUGAGGUUAUGUACCGGACGAAGCGACGAAGAUACGAUAUUUUCUACUAGCCGAUUUUGAUAGCAGCUAGAUAUCAAAGGGCGACUUUUCUACGCAUAUCCAGUGCCUCUCCUGGUGAGCUUUUUUUCUAUCUCGAAAUACCGACGCACGAGACUCCCGCGACCAUUCCUCGAAACGGUAUAAUUCAUAAGGGACGCAAGAGAGGGCGUUGACGUCGAUUUAGAAUGGUACUCGUCUGCCGUGCACACGCGGUCCAAUUAAACUGAACCAAUAAUAGUAACGGUAACGAUAUUGAUAACAAUAUUCGUCAUUUUGGGACUAAUCUUAUCGAUCUUAACCGGCAAUAUCGACUGUCGUCUUAUAUGUCUGUCUUUUAAGGGCAGACUCGCGUUUCUGCGACCGAUCGUCCUGGCAGGCUUUUCCGUGUCCAGGACGGUCCGCUUGACCACCAACUAGUACCACGUGGAGUUCCUUCAACGCGGUUGCUCGAGGUUGUAGAGGGGAAGUAUGACUCGGACAAAUUAUAGGUACGACUCGAGGAAAGAAUUUGAACCGAUACACCGGCAGGGAGUGGUUUUAAUUUUAUAACGGGACAUUCGUGAUUCGGAAAGACGAUCGAAAGUUUCAAUAUCACCGAGCAUUGAAAUAAAAUUCCGCCGAGAGAGAGCGCAACGGAGUACUCGAGCCACGACGAAAAAGAAAAAGAACCUACACCGUAAGGAAGCAAUUUUAUCCUUCGAUUCGGAGCUUCUCGAAUCUUCGCGACGUAUUUAAACUCGAGACAAGAAAGAAAAAGGAGAAAAGGAGUUACGGAAUAUCGUUAGAAGUCGCGUUUCAUCGCAAACGAGCAUGCUUUACGACAGUCGAGCCUCGCUUCUCUCGAACAACCCCGCCAAGCCCGCGCCACGUGGUUCCAGUUUCCCGGAACUUUUGUAAAAACGGCCUGUGCGCCGACGCGAAGCGAACCACUCCUUUUUAUACCCGUACAGUUUAAGGAACAUUAAUCGAGCUAAACGACAAGAAGAAGGAGCAUAGAGAAAGAGCGAGAGCUAGGAAAACGGAGAGAGAGAGAGAGAGAGAGAGA